CACUUUCAGACAAUGCUGAAGUCGAAACUGAAUGUCCUCACCCUGAAGAAGGAGCCUCUCCCAGCAGUCAUCUUCCAUGAACCGGAAGCCAUCGAGUUGUGCACCACCAUGCCGCUGAUGAAGACACGGACCUACAGUGGCUGCAAGGUUACCUAUCUGGGUAAAGUUUCCACCACUGGCAUGCAGUUUUUGUCUGGCUGCACAGAAAAGCCAGUCAUUGAGCUCUGGAAGAAGCACACACUAGCCCAAGAAGACGUCUUCCCAGCCAAUGCUCUCCUGGAAAUCCGCCCCUUCCAAGUGUGGCUCCAUCACCUCGACCACAAAGGUGAGGCCACUGUCCACAUGGAUACCUUUCAGGUGGCCCGUAUUGCCUACUGCACGGCCGACCACACCGUGAGCCCCAACAUCUUUGCCUGGGUGUACAGGGAGAUCAACGACGACCUGUCAUACCAGAUGGACUGCCACGCUGUUGAGUGUGAGAGCAAGCUUGAGGCCAAGAAGCUGGCCCACGCCAUGAUGGAGGCCUUCAAGAAAACUUUCCACAGUAUGAAGAGCGAUGGCCGGAUCCACAGAAACAGCUCCUCCAAAGAGGUGUUCCAGGAAUUGGAAUCUGAUGACGGCUGAAUGAACUUAGGGUGCUUCAGCAGAGGCAGCAAUGGUCAAGGAAUUCAAGAUGAUAGAUGAAUAAUGGAUGAUUCAAAUUUGGGAUGAAAUGACUGCCAAACUCU